CUCUAUUUAAUGCAGCUCACUGGCCAUCCAUACGAAAAUUCACAGGAAGACGCUAAGGUGAGCUGAAGACCUUUCCAAACAGGAAGAAUUCUAAAGAAACAGUAUAGAAGACAGUCAAAAAGAAUGAAGAUGUCAGUUCGUGUUUCUUUACUUUUCGUUAUUCUCGCCGUCACACUAUGCAGCUCUGGAGCUUCAAGUAUGUGCAAAAGAACGUUGACAAAACGCUUGCUGAAAAUGAUUGGAGUAGACCCACAUAAAACUCCAUGCAUGAUAAACACAAGACGAGAUAUGGCACGUUUCAUAGACACAGCUAUAGAUGACAUCAGAGAGCGAGCUUUCUUGGAAGAUGAAGAAAUCGAUAUUGACAAAGCGUGGCCUUUGGCUAAAAGAGGGUAUGGACAAUACGACGGCCAAUACUGUUGCAGCCCUACUUGCGACCGCUACAUGGCACAUAUGAAUAUAAAGCCAAAAUUUGUAGAGUGCUGAAACUUGUACAGGUGUCCGUACCUCAGUAAUAUUCUUUAGAACAUUGAACGUAGUGCAGUAGACUAAUCUAUGCUUGUAAAGUUGUAAUAAUUUUUCAAUAAUGCCAGUAGGGAUAAUUAAAAACUAACAAAUAGCAACACUGGAAUACAUGCAAAGAAGUUCUAGGAACUGGCAUAUCCUCUUCCUAGAAUUAUUUCGGGAAACAGCAAAUCUGACAGCUUAAAUUUGAAUGGCUUUGUAUUCUGUGUUCUUGAAGAAAUUGUCUUACGGAAAGAUGUACGUGAGUGUGAAUUAUAAAUUAAAUUGCUGCUUUACGAAUAACUGUAGAAUAGCUAUACGUGAAAGCAUAAAACA